UUCCUCUUCAUCAGCGAAUUUGCACGCUAGUGAAGUGGCUGCAGCGGUCUUCUGCAGCGGCAGUUAGUAUUAUUUUUCUUCCAGUCAAAAAUUUGUGCUAUGUUCGUUCAUUAUCAGCAAAAGAGAGCAAUUGUACAUUCGUCUGUUUCGGUGGCAAAUACUUGCAUUUACAAGAAGCAACAUCGGCAGUGAUAUUUUUGUAGUUGUUUACUUGAUAAGAUAGCGGGCGUUUUUGCUCCCAUGAUGAAACUAGGCACGAGUCAGCAAUGAGUCAAGUGAUUAUACGUGUCGUUCGUUUGUUCAGUACUCACCCUUCUGCUUGUCCAGAACACAUGCGGAUUUAGUGUGGAAUUUGCGCAGCAAUGGUUCUCAAUAUUCUUGUGACCGGCGGAGCUGGUUUCGUUGGAUCGCAUACGGUGCUGGAAUUGCUGAACGCAGGUCAUCGGGUAAUCUGUGUGGACAACCUGUGCAAUGCGUAUGAAGCGGCCAAUUCUAAGCUGCCGGAAUCGCUGAAACGGGUAGAAAAGAUUACGGGUAAAACCGUCGAUUUCUAUGACGUGGACAUCCGCGACAAAGACGCACUAAACGAGAUAUUCAAGAAGAAUAAAGUUGAUGUGGUAGCGCAUUUUGCGGCACUGAAAGCGGUUGGGGAAUCAUGUCGCAUUCCACUUCAAUAUUAUCAGAACAAUAUAACCGGAACAAGUGUCCUACUAGAAGUGAUGGCAGAGGCGAACGUAUUCAACUUUGUGUACAGUUCUAGUGCCACUGUUUAUGGCGAACCACAAAAGCUUCCACUGGACGAAAACCAUCCAACCGGUAGCUGCACCAAUCCGUACGGGAAGAGUAAAUAUUUCACCGAAGAAAUACUUAAAGAUCUGUGCAGUUCGGAUCCCCGCUGGAAGGUAAUAUCGCUACGAUAUUUCAACCCCGUCGGAGCCCACAAAUCGGGGCUCAUCGGGGAGGAUCCUAAUGGUGAACCCAACAAUCUGAUGCCAUACAUUGCACAAGUGGCUGUUGGGCGCCGAGCCUGUUUAAAGGUAUUCGGCAACGAUUAUGAUACCCCGGAUGGAACUGGAGUACGGGAUUACAUUCAUAUUGUGGACUUGGCCGAGGGUCACGUUAGUGCCAUUGGCAAGCUAAUGAGUGGUAACUUAACGGGUUUUGUUGUGUACAAUCUUGGCACAGGCCACGGGUACUCGGUACUAAAGGUGGUAGAAGCUUUUUCCAAAGCAUCAGCUAAGACCAUCAAAUACGAAAUCGUGGAGAGACGCCCCGGAGACAUAGCAACAAGUUAUGCUGAUGUAAGAUUAGCUGCGAAGGAACUUGGAUGGAAAGCUAAACGUGGGCUAAAGGAAAUGUGCGAAGAUGCCUGGAAUUGGCAAAACAUGAAUCCAAACGGGUUUGCUGGCGCGAGCUAGAAUCGUAUAGGCUAUCGAAUGACCAAAGUGGAGGCUUUUUUACAACGAGCAAUUUGCAUUUUCUCUAAGCUUUUCCUGUAAACAGAUGCCAUAUUUUAAUUUAAAAAGUAAAUUUAAUUGGACCAAAUAAAUAUAGCGUAAUUUA